GGUCACCCGGGAGACAAGCCGCGGAGUCCAGGCGGAGUGGAGGGAGGCUGCAGGCAGACGGAGGCUGGGAGGAGGGAGCCUCCCCGCGUGGGAGCCUGAGGUCUGGGAGGCCCUGGGUAGGUUAUGGUGAUGGCAGACAUUGCUAAAGACGGAAUGGCUGGUUCAUUGAAGAAAGGGGGGAGUGUGUCUUCCCUGAGUGGCCAUGAGUUCCGGCAGAAGGAACAUCAUAGGCGCAUCAAAGACUGUGUGAGUACUGUGUCGUAUAUGGAUGAACCUAGCCAGCAUGAUGUUGCCUCUCGCCUUACAGUUCAGAUGGGAAACACCUAUCAGCUGGGUCCUACCAAGCAUUUUCCCGUGGUUACCGUCAAUCAUAUUCUGAAAGAUGUGUUAACUACCUACCUACAAGAAGAACAAUAUGACCCAGAGCUCUGUAGACAGAUGGCUAAAACAAUUUCUGAGGUGAUUAAAGCCCAGGUCAAGGACUUGAUGAUCCCACGGUACAAGCUGAUUGUGAUUGUUCACAUUGGACCUCGGCAUGGCCAGAGCAUACUUAUUGGGAGUAGAUGCCUCUGGAAUCCUAAAAGUGAUACCUUUGCAUCUUAUGUUUUCAGAAACUCUUCACUCUUUGCUCUUGCAAAUGUCUAUGCCGUUUACUUUGAGUGACUGAAAAUAAGAAAUCUAGUAUUACUUCUUUUAAAUCA